UCUCUUUCUCGGUGGACACAAUGGCCGACGCAGAAAAAAAGGUCCCGGCGGUCCCUGAGAGCCUUUUGAAAAGGCGAAAGGCCUUCGCCACUAUGAAGGCCAUGCGCAUCAAGAAGAUACUCGCCGAAAAAAAGAGUCGGAAGACGACCAGAAAACUGAUCUACAAGAGGGCUGAGCAGUACCACAAGGAGUACAGGGAGAUGUACAGGCGUGAGGUCCGAAUGUCGCGGACCGCCCGCAAGGUUGGGAACUUUUACGUGCCCGCCGAGCCCAAGUUGGCUUUCGUCAUCAGGAUCAGAGGUAUCAACGGCGUCAGCCCCAAGGUGCGCAAGGUCCUCCAGCUCAUGCGCCUCCGUCAGAUCUUCAACGGUGUUUUCAUCAAGCUGAACAAGGCUUCCAUCAACAUGAUGAGGAUUGCUGAGCCCUACAUUGCUUGGGGAUACCCAAACCUGAAGUCGGUGCGCGAGCUGAUCUACAAGCGUGGCUUCGGCAGGAUGACCAAGCAGCGCAUUGCCCUCACAGACAACGCCUUGGUCGAGAAGGCCCUGGGCAAAUACGGCAUAAUCUGCAUGGAGGACCUGAUCCACGAGAUCUACACAGUUGGGAAGAACUUCAAGCCUGCCAACAACUUCCUGUGGCCCUUCAAGCUGUCUGCACCCCGUGGUGGCAUGAAGAAGAAGACCACUCACUUUGUGGAGGGAGGCGAUGCUGGCAACAGGGAGGACCAGAUCAACAGACUCAUCAGGAGGAUGAACUAGACAAGGCAGGGUUUUUCAACGGGAUUCUGUUCAGUCUGUACAAUAAACAUCAAAAGCA